AUGGCAUCAAGAUCCUAUGCUAAUCUCUUAGACUUAGCUGGUGGAGGAGACUUGCUUGAUAUUCCUCACACCCCAAGAACUCUUCCAAGGGUUAUGACUGUUCCUGGAAUUAUUUCUGACCUGGAUGGUGAAUCAGACGUUAGUUCUUCUGGAUGUCGGGAGCGGAAAAUCAUUGUGGCAAACAUGUUGCCUCUGCAGGCUAAAAGAGAUAUUGAUACCGCUAAAUGGUGUUUCAGUUGGGAUGAAGAUUCAAUUCUAUUACAACUUAAAGAUGGUUUUUCUUCUGAUACUGAGGUAAUCUAUGUGGGUUCUCUCAAAGCAGAGAUAGAUGCUAGUGAGCAGGAUGAAGUUGCUCAGAAAUUACUGGAUGACUUUAAUUGUGUGCCUACCUUUCUACCACAUGAUCUGCAGAAAAAGUUUUAUCUUGGUUUUUGUAAGCAGCAGCUCUGGCCACUGUUCCAUUAUAUGCUACCCAUAUGCUCAGAUCACGGUGAUCGCUUUGACCGUGUGCUUUGGCAGGCUUAUGUUUCUGCUAACAAAAUAUUUGCAGACAAAGUCAUGGAAGUGAUUAAUCCUGAUGAUGAUUUUGUUUGGGUUCAUGAUUACCAUUUGAUGGUUUUGCCUACUUUCUUGAGGAAACGAUUUAAUCGAGUUAAACUUGGGUUCUUUCUUCACAGUCCUUUCCCAUCUUCCGAAAUUUACCGAACUUUGCCUUAG